UCAAUGAAAUCUUAUUUGCCAAGAUCUGAUCUUUUUCUUCUUUCCUCUUUACAAAGUGGCUUAGGGGAAAAAAAGAGAGAAAGAGAGAGUCUUGACUACUACUUCCUUAGUCUUCUUCUCAAGUCUGCAAUAAUAUCGUCUCUUUUUGGUUUUGUUUUGAAGAUAGAGAGAGGAGAGCCAAAUCUGUGGAAGUGAACAAAAGGGUUCCUUGAGAUCUACCUCUUUGGGUCAACCAAAGGAAUGAUAAGAAGAUGGGAAGGAAAGGAAAUUGGUUUUCUAAUGUGAAGAAAGCUCUCAGCCCAGAAUCCAAGGAGAAGACAGCCGGGAGAUCAAGUAAAUCGAAAAAGAAAUGGUUUGGGAAGCCAACACACUUGGAUUCUGAUGCUGGCACAGCAGCUUCUGCUGCUGCAUUGCCACCUCUUCCUCCACAAGAAGAGGUGAAAUUAGCGGAUGCAGAAAUUGAACAGUACAACCAUGACAACCCCAUUGCAGUUCACCCUGCUGCAGUGGCUGAGCCUGUGGUUGUUGCUACUCAGACAGCCCCAGAGGUUGUCCCGGCCCCUAGAGUUUCUCGGUUUGCUGGAAAGUUUGGGGAAGAAGCAGCUGCUGUUAAGAUUCAAACAGCAUUCCGAGGAUACCUGGCUAGAAGGGCAUUGCGUGCCUUAAGAGGAUUGGUGAGGCUGAAAUUACUGAUGGAGGGUUCUGUUGUGAAACGCCAAGCCACAAAUACCCUGCGGUGUAUGCAGACUCUGGCUCGAGUGCAGUCUCAAAUUCGAUCGAGGAGGAUCAGGAUGUUGGAGGAGAAUCAGGCUCUCCAAAGACAACUCUUGCAGAAACAUGCGAAAGAGCUUGAGAACUUGCGGCUUGGGGAGGAAUGGGAUGAUAGCUUACAGUCCAAGGAACAAGUUGAAGCAAACCUACUUGGCAAGUAUGAAGCUGCUAUGAGAAGAGAAAGAGCAUUAGCUUAUGCAUUCUCUCAUCAGCAAACCUUGAAGAACAAUUCGAAAUCUGUAAACCCAAUGUUCAUGGAUCCAAGGAAUCCCUCGUGGGGUUGGAGCUGGCUCGAACGAUGGAUGGCUGCUAGACCAUGGGAGAAUCGCAGCGGUGGCACAAUGGAUAAAGAUUCAAACACUGAUGCUUCAUCUGUAAAGAGUCGCAGCAUUUCUGGCGGCGAAAUCAACAAAUCUUAUGCCAAAUACCUUCUCAAUUCCGAAAAGCUUUCCUCCCCUACCGCCAAUCAAAAGCCAAGCAAUAUUGGUUUCCAGUCCCCCUCAACUCCAACCAAGCCAAUUUCUUCGACGCCAUCUAAGAAAGUGAAGUCUGCGAGCCCAAGAGUGAGUAGGGUGCCGGAUGAUGAUAACAGAAGCAUGGUCAGCAUGCAGUCAGAUAGGUUCCGAAGGCAUAGCAUUGCUGGCUCGUCGGUGAGAGAUGACAAGAGCCUUGCUAGCUCUCCUGCACUUCCUAGUUACAUGGUGCCAACUGAGUCUGCAAGAGCCAAGUCCAGGCUGCAAAGUCCAUUUGGAGCUGAGAAAAAUGGGGAACUGGAGAAGGGAUCCUCAGAGACAGCCAAGAAACGGUUGGCGUUCCCACCCUCCCCUGCAAAGCCAAGGCGGCAUUCUGGUCCACCAAGGGUAGACACCAGUUCUAUAAAGUCUGUUGUUACAGUCACAGAAAACAAUGAGAACAGCAGCAAUGGUAUUGGCAGUUAAAUGGUAGUUGAACAAAGGAAGAGGUUCAAAGAAGGAAAAGAAAGGAGGAGAUAGAGAAAUAAAAGGGUUAAAUUUAUUUGUGAAGAAUCUUUUUUAAGAUUGAUUUAAUUUGUAUCAAAUUAUGGGGAAAAUGUUGGGGUGUGGGGGUAAAGUUUAGUUUUUAGGGGGUUAUGUCAUUUGAAUUUUCUUUGUUAUUUGUCACAUAUACCUUUAUUGAUAUAUUUUUUUUUUUUUAAAAAAGUCAGAUUUCAGAACCCAAUCGUGUGACUUGAAUGUAUUAUUAUUGUUACUUAUAAAGAACAGAUUAUCAUUCUAUUGAAUUCAUUACUUUUUUAGAAUUCCAUGUAA